AUGAUCCCUCCCGACUCCGACGACUCGCCAUUGAAGACCUCUGGUGCUAGCUUUGGCUUGGGCCAGGAGGAUCCGACGGCAGUUGUAGACGACUUUGAUACCCACAGUCAUGCCAGUUCUGGCGACCCCGGUAGCACAAAUGCCCACGACCCCGCGACAGGGCCCGACAACGGCGGGCUAGAGAACCAGGGCGAUGACACGGCACGAGACGGCACCGGCGAUGGCCUCGAGACCGGACCCGUCGACAAAGAUGGUAGGCCGGCCUGGAGCGAAAUGAAAACCAAGGCUGGAAAGGAAAGGAAGCGACUGCCGCUUGCCUGCAUCGCCUGUCGCCGGAAGAAGAUCCGGUGUUCGGGUGAAAAGCCCGCGUGCAAGCACUGCACUCGCUCGCGAAUUCCUUGUGUCUACAAAGUGACCACGAGAAAGGCAGCGCCGCGAACGGAUUAUAUGGCUAUGCUGGACAAACGUCUGAAGCGGAUGGAAGAUCGCGUGAUCAAGACGAUUCCUAAAGAUGAGACACGAGACAUGGCUUCCAUCGGACGAUCGAUAGUGAAGCCGUCUGCACAGAAUCAGGCCUCCAAGGCUCAAAAGAAACGAAGCGCCGAUGAGGCGUUCGCAGCGGAGAUGGAUGAAUGGACCCAAGGGGAGCGUCGCCCGGCCCAAGAUACUUUCCCCAUGAAUCGCGAGAACAAGUCCACUGAUGGCGCCGGACUUUUGACCGAAGGCGCAGAGUUUUUGCCUUCUCUAGAGAUCCAGGAGUACCUAGCAGAGGUCUUCUUCGACUGCGUAUAUGGGCAGUCAUAUCUCCUUCUACAUAAGCCUAGCUUCAUGCGACGACUCAAGGCGGGCACGGUCCCCCCAGUCCUCAUCCUCGCGGUUUGCGCAGUCUCCGCUCGAUUCUCUACCCACCCACAGCUCAACUCAGAACCUCCCUUUCUCCGCGGAGAAAAUUGGGCCAAUCCUGCCGCUGCCAUUGCACUUAGCCGACACGACGAACCAAAUAUCACUAUUUUGACCGUCUUUCUACUCCUUGGAUUGCAUGAAUUUGGAACAUGUCAUGGAGGAAGAAGUUGGUCAUUUGGAGGUCAGGCACUGAGGAUGGCAUACGCGCUGCAGCUUCAUCAAGAGCUUGAGAGCGACCCGUUGCUCAGUCAGAGUAAUGGCUCGAAUUCCCAACUGAGCUUCACAGAUCGUGAAAUUCGGCGCCGUACUAUGUGGGCAUGCUUUUUGAUGGAUCGCUACAACUCUUCGGGAAGUCAACGGCCGCCCAUCGGGAAUGAAAAGUUCCUCCACAUCCAAUUGCCCAUCAAGGAGACUCACUUUCAAAUGGAGAUCCCCGGGCCUACGGAAGACCUAGAUGGUAAUGUGCUUAACCCUGCGCCGCAGGAUUCUGGCCAGCUAUCCAACGCCAAGGAGAACAUGGGUGUGUCGUCAUACAUCAUCCGCGCCAUCGUCAUCUGGGGACGCAUUGUUGACUAUUUAAAUCUUGGUGGUAAAAGAAAAGAGUCUCAACCUCUUUGGCAUCCGGACUCAGGAUACACGCGACUGAAGCGGCAAAUUGAGGAGUUCUCUGCCUCGCUUCCGAGCUCUUUGACAUUCACCUACGAGAAUCUUCAGAUUCAUGCCGCGGAGAAGAUAGCGAAUCAGUUUUUGUUCCUGCACAUCAUUACACAUCAGAACAUGCUGUUCCUGAACCAGUUCGCCAUUCCUCUGUCUCCAGGUGGACGGCCUCCUAGGGAUAUGCCUAAGCCGUUUCUUAGCAAUGCCGGUCGAGCAGCUGUGGAGGCUGCCCAUAAUAUCUCUAUGCUCUUUGAUCGCGCGUCGGCUUAUCCACUUACUGUCCCUUUUGCAGGGUACUGUGCAUAUACGGCGAGUACUGUUCACAUCUGGGGGAUCUUCUCAAAAAACGUGCAGUUAGAAGCUCGAUCAAAGGAGAAUCUGCGACACACUUACCGCUAUCUCAACAAGAUGAAGAAGUACUGGGGUAUGUUCCAUUACAUGGUGGAGAGUGCCAAAGACCGGUACCGACAGUUCGCCGAUGCAGCCAUUAAGGGUUCUGUCGCAGCGCAGAAUGGCACCUCCCUGGCACCCAUGUUCCAAUACGGAGACUGGUUCGACAAGUACCCCCAUGGUGUCUCAAGGCUGCACUGGGAGGACCCAGACACUCGGCAUAAGGAAUCAGGCGAGGAUGCUGUCAUGGGUCAGAAGCCCGAUCUCCAGAGCGUGGAAGACUUCUUCGCCAGUCUAUCUCCAACGCCGCAACCCGCCGUUCCCCGCAAGUCCCGCUCGCGCAAGAACAGCAAACUGUCUGAUGGCACCCCCAACCCUAAUAUGGACCAAUCCCCGACGCAGUCGAUGGAUCCCACCGUGGGUGGUACUCCUGGCGUUCCAGGCAGCGCAUUCCCCCAACCAUUCUUGUUCUCCCAGAACCGUCCCAUGCCAUUUGGUCAAUCGCCCUUCGACUUCAGCAUUCCGCCAGACCAAUUGCCACAAUUGGAUCGGCAAUUCGUGUACGACUCUUUUUCUGACUUUGAUCCCACCAACUUCGUUCCCCCGAAUAAUCCUUCGAUGCCGCCGCCGCCAUCGGUUAAUAGGGUCGAGGCCCAAAACCCAGCCCAUUCUCUUUUCACGGACCACCUUGACCCAGGCGCCCCGGCCGGAACAGGCGAGUUCUACCAGCCCAGCGCGUGGUUCCUCCCUUUCAACCUCGACCCGGUCGGCGGCGGCCUACCUCCACAAUCAGUAGCAGGUCCAACUUCAGCCCUGGUCCCAGGUAGCGAUAUUUCCGGCCUGGGUGGGGCAGGCAGCCUGCCAUUAAGUGCGUAUGACCUCGGCCUGGGCGGGCCAGACAUCGGACAAGACGCGCGGCACCGAUGA